AUGAUUAUGCUAAUACAAAAAUAUGAAAAAAGUAUAAUAAGAGAAACGGACUUUAAGAAAAGAAAUUAUUUUUUUGAUAUUAUUCUUCGCUACAUUAACGAUAGAAACAGCUCCAUUCCUUUGAAAGCGCUGAUCCACGUUUUGGACUUCGUUCGGUGCAUAAUAGAGAAGGAUGAAGAGGUCAAAAGAAAAUUCGAACAAUUCGGAAUACACACAUUCACCAAGGAGUUUUUAACCCACUUUAGAGAUAACCAAGACAGGUACAAAAAGAAUAGUGCCACCAAAAAAUUAAAUGUUGCACAGGACACAGAUACGUGCCUAAUCAGCUAUGAUCACAUACAAAUGCAGAACAGUAACAAUGAAUACAACCAGGUGGUGAAAAUUCUGAUCCAGCUGAUUCGUGCAUACAAUGGGGACAACCCAGACGACUUCUCAAAAUGGGACACUCAAGAAUAUGCGCCUAAGUCUGAUGCAAAUAAUGCCUCCGAUGAUCUAACUAAUCCAAAUGGGGCGAACAAAAAUGGGGAGGCAGAAUCACCGGGAAACAUCGGAGAGGAAGACGCACAGGAAACUCCCCAGUACAAAAACAACGUAACCGAAAAGAUAAUCGACAUGAUGGACGUAAAUAAAGAGGAAGGCCAAUACAAAGCUACACGAAAAAAAACCUCUUCCGUCGAUGAGCGGACAAGAAUUCACCCUCGACUGAGGCAACACUCUGCUGAGAAGGCAAAGGAAAACACAAAAAAAACCACCGCAACAUCGCACAACAAUGCAGAUAGCACACUUUCACAAAAGGAUCUCCUAAAUAUAAGCCAAAUAAUGAAAAAAAAUAACUGCAUAAACAUAUUUACAAAAGAUAAUUUUUCCAAAAGUGACGAUUUUGAAUAUUACAACUCUUUGUAUGAAGCAAAAAACGAAGUGAAUAAACGGAGUAUAUAUUUGCUCCUGACCUAUAAGAUAUAUAAGGCCAACAAAAUAAGGGAAGGGCAUGCUUACCUCAACCACGGAUCGGUACCUACACGGGGAACUACGCAAAGCUAUUACAAUUGUGACGAAUGCUAUUACACAGAUAUUUUGAAGAACUACACAUUUUUCUACCUAUACAACUUCUUCGAUUGCUUUGAUGUUUUCAGAAGGAACCUUCUAGACAUAAACGGAGUAGAACAUGCAGAAGAGGCGGUUGAACGGGGAGACCUCAUAAAGGGGGAUGCGGGGAAAAACAAACAGGAUAGAAGCAAUGAAGGGGAAGAUUCCCUCGUGGCGUAUUUCACCUACCUAAAUAAUAACCACGUGUAUGACAAAAACAUAACGUACAAAAUGAAAAAUUACAUUAACAAAAUGAACCUGCUGCAUUUCUACCUAAGCAUGAAGUUCAACUACUUCGAAUUCUUAGGGAUGAACAUAAUCAAAAAAAUAAUAAGCAUAGACGACCUCGUUUAUAUGCACAAAGAAGUGAACAAAAUUUUAAAUGAAUAUAUUUACAUUUUCAAUAAAGACCUAUUUCUAUUUAACUAUAAAUUUGUGUACACUCUUAGUUACAAUAUUCACUAUAUUUACAAAAAUUACGUCGAAAAUAAUCAGGCAGAAAGUGAAUUCCAUCAUAUGAACAACCUUCUAAAUAGUCUAGCUUAUCUUAUUUUUCUAAUUAUUUAUAGCCUUUAUAUAAGUGUAACCCAGAGGGGGGGGUGCUUUUGCAACAGCAUCCACAAUAUCUACCUGAACAACUUCUUUUUCCUCAUUAACCAAAAUGUGUUCUACUUACUUUUGCUUCGAAAAGGGGGAAAAGGCUGCGACUCGCUUGGGGGAAAUCAAAUCGGUAAAGAGUUCAAGUAUGGCCAUAAUAGGGACAAGAUGGCCAGUGAAAAGGGGAAGGACCCCCCCCAAUCGGCAAACAACCCAAGCAAGACAAACGGGACCAACGGGUCAAACGGAACAAACAACACAGAUGACCUCAAUAGCAUAAACACAUUUUACCUAAGGAAAAACGAAGAGAGGGCGAUUCGCAAACCGGGGAACAGCACCACUGCUCAUUUCAACGAGGGCGACACGUACUACUACUUAUUCAUAACGAAAAAUAACUGCGUCUAUUUUUUCAAAGUGUUAAUUUUCUUCAUGCUAGAGAUUUUAAAAUUUUCGCACUGCAAAAUUAGCACCAUAAGGGAAAAAUGCACUACGCUCAACUUCCACAUAGACAAUUUUGUCAUCAUUUACAAUUUCCUGUGUAACAUCUUAGAAUAUUACUUUGGCGAGUCAGAUAAGAAGAAAGACUCACACUUGGAGAUCGUCAUUGACUACAUUGAAAAGAACAACCUGCAUGGGCGUGGAGAUAAAAAGGCAAAACAAAAUGGAGUCCCCGUCAGGGAGUACCUUUCAGAAAAUUUAAUCAUCCAUGAGUUGAACAGUUUCUCUUCCUCCUCUUCCAACUCCUCUAGCGAUUUAAAAAAAAACAAAUUUCAAAGCAUUGAUAUCUUUACUAAUAUUUCCGCUCGGCGUACUUACCAAUACAGCCCUAAACAAUUGGAGCUCCUGAAAAUCGUCUGCCUCUAUAUAAACUACACCCCCGUGUCAUUCAUUUUGAUGAAGAAGAUACAACCAAAAUUAGUCGACCUGUUUAGACGGUUCCUCUUCGACAUGCACCUAAACACGCACCACUUAGAAUUGUUGCACUUUUUCAAAAUUUUUUUCUUCUUUUAUGACUACGAAAUUUAUAAGGAAUAUAUCGACCUCCUGUGUUAUUUUUACUCCUUGGCGAAUUUGUUUUUCGUCUAUCGCGGUGUUGGCGAUAUUGGCGAUGUGGGGGGGACUAGCUGCUUUGGCGGAGCCGCCUUCCGGUCAGACAUCUCCACCUUCAUAAACACCAGCAUUAACAUCUCUCACUUUUUUUUCUUCGUCCCAACUAGUUACUCCGCCCUCAACAGUUUUCUUGAAAAAUACCACGCAGCAAACGCCGCAGCAAACCUAUCCACCCCAGAUGCCAACGAAAUGUUCUCAAGUCCGGCCGACGCAAAUAAUGAGCCAUUUCUCGAGCCCCUAGACACAUUCAAGUCGAAAGACUUUUUCGAUGCCCCCAAUUCGGAGAAAAUCAGCAGAACGAUAGAUGCACACAGUAGACAUGAAAGUGCGGCAUCACACUGCAUAAAGCAAUUCUGCCAUGUUUUGCUACAAAUAGGGGGGGACUUCAAAAACGAGCCGCUCAAAAAGGAACUGCGCGAAAACGAACGGUGCAAAAAUCAAAUGGACAAUUUCACACAUCAGGAGUCUCUCUCAGGUCGCGGCGCCCAAGGGGACAUCCCCCACUUCGAUGCCCAGUUUAUUGACAAAGUUACUCAAGUGCUGGUUGAAAACAGCCUCAGAAUGCUCUUUAAUUCCCUGUCGCUUCUAUCCUCUGAAUAUAACAACUUCACAAAUUAUGUCAAGUCCUAUAAACAAGAAAACGGAUCCAUGUACCAAUUCAUUGUUAACAAGUUAAAGAGCUGCAAAAAUAAAAUGUACAUACUAACGUUUAAUCACAAUUUGGAAGGUAGAACGAAUGUCCCAGAAAAUGUCAAGUUCGUCGAACUGUUUAAAAACUUCGUCGUCCUCCUUCACAACAUCAUUUCGAUCAUGUAUAGCUACAAUACGGAAAUUAUUUUUUUUUUUUUUAUUUUUUUUUUUUUUAAUUUUAUUUUUAACAUUAAUUAUGCAAAGGGGUCUUUUCACUGGGAAAAUAAUGACCUAAGAGGGGAUCCCCAAGGGGUUUACGCCUCUGUCGGGAAUUACAACUACCAGAGGGGCUGGGGGAACCAAGGGGGGGACUUCUCCUAUGGAGAGCUCCAUCAUAAUGCCAUUUCUGCCAAUCCCAUGGAAAGCGGAAACGUCUCCAAAAGUGCACACAUGGGAAAUUCUACCCAUUCACAGAAUGACCUAAUGGGCCAAAAUAAUCACCACAGCGUAACCUACAGCCAUAUAGAGUCAAACCAACCCGAACAUCCCAAGGCGUAUCAAGACACUCAGUACAUUACCCCUAUCUUUUCUCAAAAGAGAGAUCACCAUCCUCAAAAUGAGCAGGAAAAUCAUUUCGGUGAAGAAAAGGGAAAUAAUUUACUAGGGACAGACACCUCUCAAGAAUAUGCCUGCAAAAAUGUGGGCCAAUUGGACCAGCACCAACCAACCAAGUGGGAAGCCUCCCAAACGGUGAACUCCAAAUUUGAUAGGAACAAUCAACUCAAUCUGAACCAUUGCUCGAAUAAUGACAUGCGUUGGAGAUCCACUCACCACGGAGGGAAGACAAAAAGAAAAUCUCCACAUUUCUACACCCCCACUUUACAAAUCAACGAAUUCGUUGACGUCAUAUACGAACUGUGUGUAUAUAGCAAAAAGGAAAUAAGAAAUUAUUAUCUCUUUUUUAUACUCGAAAAUGUCAAGAAAAAAGUGGAGACCCUGUAUGAUUCCCUUAAUGACAAGGAACGGAAGGAAAAAAAGAGGCUCUUGUCAAAUAUUAAACUUUUCUCCAAAGUCCUCCUUUUUUUGUACUACUCUAAAAAGAAGUACAUACUCUUGCUAGACCAGGCCGCUUACAGCUCGUUCAACUUUUUGUAUGACCACCAUUUUGAGCCACUCCUUGCGGGUAGCAACGGUGAUAAGGGCAACCACAGCAAUGGCAACAACAGCGGCGAAGUUCCCCGUGGCAGGGGCGGGAAACACCAAACUGAAGAGGAAGCGCUGACUCGCCUCGCCUACUUCUACAACAACGUUUUCCUAAAUGUGCACAGUAUAUAUUUCUUGCUUUUUCAAAGGAAGAAGAAAAAGAGGACCCUUUCCCUUAAAAUAAUGUGGAAAUUGCAUCACCAGUUUAGGCUAAAGUUCACCAAGUGCUGGGGUAGCACGAAGAAACAUGCCUCACAAAACAUUACGAUGAAACGGGGGGAAAUGCAAAGUGGGAUCGAAGCGAGACAAUAUAACAUUUGCGAAGAAAGAGAAACCACGUGGAGGAACAAGGAAGACCCUAUGAGAAGCCACCGACGUGAACCCCCUCCAGAAACCCAAAACCACCAGAACCAGUGCCAUAACACCUUUAGCUACUCAAACGACUGGAAAUUUAACACCAAUAUGUUAAACAUGUACAUAAGCCAUUUUGUACUUAAUCAUAUUCUUAGCGAUGAAGAGGUUAUCCUUCAAGCGCUACAGAAAGUAGACAUGAAGACGGAGGAACUUUCCCUGGACUUUUUCGAACACAUAAUGUCAUUUAUUUUGAAGAGAAAGGCAAAAUUUAGAGAAGGUGACAGUUGCGUUGAGAACACUACAGAAAGUAAAACCCAAAGGGGGGAUCCAACCCACAUGGAUCAUUUCCUUCUCUUAAUUUACGAAAAAAUAAAAAGUUUGUACACAAAACUGAUAGGGGAAAUGUUAGCCAAGGAAAAAACCAGUACAUACAGCAUUGAAUCGUUUGUCUAUGUCCUAAAAAUACUAAUUUUGUUGAUCAUCACGAACUAUAGGAAUAGCAGCAUAUGCAAAAGAAUAUACAAAGAGCGCUACUUUUAUCUGUCCCACUUGUUUUGCUUCUUCUUUUACGAUAAUGAGAUUGUCAAAGCUUUGUCCAUCAGCUUGAGUUUCUACUUGAUAUUCGACCAGAACGUCUUGCUACUCAACAAGCACAGGUUAUUUCUUGAACCUCAUUUGCUAGAAGAACAGAAAAGUAGAAAGGGGGAAAUGAGCUUAGAAAGGGAUGACUACUCUUCUCAUUGGUUAACUGAAGAAAUAAACUCGCCUCAUCACAGCUGCACGAACAUGUUAGAGAAUUCUUUAAUUAACGAAGUAAAGGUAGAAUAUAUGGAGGGGUACUACAAAGAGGGUCGCAAAAGUGUCAUUAACAGGUGUGGAGAUGGAGAAGAUAUACUCCAUUGGAAGAAAUCUAAAAAAUAUGAAAACUUUUUUUUUGAUCUGCACAGAAAUAGUCACAACAGAAAAAACACAAGCAGGAAUAAAUAUAUUGAUAACGAAAUGGAGCCCAACCAUAUGGACGAUGUAAACAAGGCCUCAUUUCAUAUAGAGAAAAAAAUCCUUUUCUUCCUUCCCUUUUGGCUUUAUAAAAAACUUCAGCCAAAUAAUUUUCUGCUAAAUGUUAAAAAGUUAAAGUCUUUUUUUUUCUUCUCCACCAAAUAUUCCUACCUGCAUGCGUUCCAUGACGCCAAAUUAAAUCUGAAGGCAAAGGACUUAUCCUUUCACGGGAACUACAACGGGGGUAAUAUAUUCAGAUCAUACUUCCUGUUCAUUAAUAAGUAUUAUCAUUUGUUAAAAAGGGUGAGCAGUGUGUCAGUUGGAAGUGUACCAUAUAGCACUGCACCCGUUGGAAGUGCACCAUUUGGAAGUGCACCAGUUGGAUGUGUACCAGUUGGCAGUGUACCAGUUGGAACUGUACCAGGUAGAACUGCCUCACAUCCUUUGACCCACAAAAGUAGCAACCAGUCUAUUUGGAGCAGCAUCAUCGAAUCGAAUGAUAAAUUAGAGACUUCCAGAUUUCCUAUUGCGAAUGUAAAUUCUUUUCUUUUUUUAAAUGCCAAAGUGGAUAUAAAGAGCACUUCCGAAAAUGGGUCCUCCUACGUUUCCAAUUUGAUAAAAAUGUUAAAAGUCCUUCCACCUAUAAACAACUCUGCAGAUAAGGAAACCAACUUUUCUUACAUCUACAAUUUGAGCGAGUUAUUUUUCUACUUGAACAACUGCUACAUGCAGCUGCUGUGCACCGAAGGGGGGAAAGCCCAUUCUGCAGAGGGGCUGACCGCAUGCAACCAAGCGAGCUACGCAACAGGCGACGAAUCAGCCAAACGAGAUGCUGUUCAAGCCGCAUCUCCAAGCAGAGAAAGUACUCCAAAUGGACCAACAGAAAAGAAUAAUGGCGCCAAUUCGAAGGCAACAGGCAUCCCAAACAAACAGACACAUUAUCUUCUCCAAAGUGACUACGAUGAAAUGGUGAGUGCCAUACAUUUCGUUUACGCCACCAUUUUUCCGUAUAUUAACAAGCUUCUUUUUUUCAUGUACAACCAGUUGACAAUAAAUAAGAAGAAGGAAGCUGGGCCGAACAAUGUGGGGAAUGAAACAAGCGUAAAUGCCAUCAUUCAUUCGAACAUGCUGUUGUUGAAACAUUUAAUAACCCUCUUCGAUGUAUGCCUCUACAUACAAUUAAUUCUAGGAAAGAAAAAAAGACACAUAGAAGGAAAAAUCCACCACCUAGACAAUGAUAUAGACCUUUCCCUUUUCGUCUACAAAUUGCUGUUCAUAUCAGUUGCAACAUCAUCUUUGAAGAAUAAAAUUUCCAGCUUUUCUCUCAACUUGCUUUACAAUUUUGUGCAUCUGGAUGAUUACUACGUGAGGAUAAAGAAUAACUGCCAUGAUAAUCUCGCCAUUAGUGCUGAUCGGCUAGGAUGUACGAACCCUACAGUUAGAAGCGACCUCCUUGAUGAUAGCAACUUCAACUUCCUCGACGCAGAAGGGGGGAACCCCAUCCUGCUCAAACAGCAGCGACGCAUCAGAAAUAAGCGAAUGGAGAGAAGGAAAAACUUGUCCAUUCUGGUCAACUUUCUUUUCUUCAUACUUUCGAAAUAUAGAAAAAAAAAAAAAAUUAACAAAGGAGAGUCAACUCAGACAAACACAGACAGCAACGUCUACUCCAAUAUAAUAAAUGUGUACGAAAUCGAGAAGACCAUCAAUGUAGAGAAUGUCACAUUUCAAAACCACGAACAGGAAUAUCUCAAAUUGGACAUUUACUUUGUGAAAAACAUUUUGUCCAUGCUUCACGUAGUUUUGAGGCGAGGUUAUUUCUUUGACCUUCACUUGGUCAAUGAAGACAUAUCAUGCAUAAGAAUGGACGUGCUAAUGCACCAUCAUUGCGUGGCUUUCACGCAGGGAAGGGGAGACUUCCAAACGAGGUUAGAAGCUACUUUGGAAGCUCGCUUAGAAGAGAACGAAGAUGGGGAUAAUACGACCCAGCCACGAAUCGACACACAUAAUACCCAAAACAACAAUGUUGAGACAUACCCCAAAGGAAGGACAAACUUGCGCAUCUUCAAACAAGUCUUCCUAAACAAAUACAUGAGCACGCUGAUCAACUUCUGCAACAUGUACAACGACAUCAUUAUCGAAUGUUUGCAUGUCCAGCUCCUACUCCUUUUUUUCAAGUAUAUCCUCCAAGUAUUAAAAUACGAAAUGUGGAAGCAUCAUUUUUUUAAAGACUCCCGCAGCUCAAAGCAACAUAUCUUAGUGCAUUUUCUGAAAUACUACAAAGCGGACAAGGGAGUGUGCAAAUUUUUAAAAAAGACCUAUUUUGUCAUUUUAAAAUAUGCAAUAUAUAUGCAGAAUAUUCGUAUCUGUGAAGAUGUGUAUAUCCCUUUUAAUGGGGGGAAAAAUGUUACAGUGGGAAAGAACAAAGACACCAGUAUAGAUCAACAGAACGAGAUGAUCAACAAACAUAACUACCUGCUGAAGGAGGAAGAUAUUUACAAAAAUUACUGCCAAUUGUUUUACGAGUACACGAUAAGGAAGUUUAAAAAUUGUGUUGCCAUCGAUCAGGACGAAGCAGAUACCAAUCCAAGUGAUCACUAUGAUGAAGAAGAUGACUCUAUCAAAAGAAGAAUCUACGAACAUCAACAGAAUCAAGUGGCUAACUCCAACUACGUCUGCAUGAUUGAUAUGUACUGUCCUCAAUGUGAAGAAACCAAAAUUCUAUUCCUCUCCAUUGUACUAUUUCUGAGCUUUUUCUUAGACAACUUCCCUUUUUUUUUCUGCCUAAAUGGGAACGUCAACCAUUCUGCAGAAUCGAAAAGUCGGAAGGACAAUCCGAAAGAUAACAUCACAAUUUUAUGCGAACGUAUUUUCCACAACUUGGGAAAAAAAAACAUCUACAUCAAUUUCUACAUUUUAAAAGAAGCCAAACUGUUUGAGAAGUACUUUUUUAAAAUAUUCCUAAAAUUGUUAUUCUGCAAUGAAAGGGAAACAAUGAACAACUUGCAAAAGUACAAAAUAUAUUUUUACAACAGAAAACUUGAAUCGGCUGGCCAGGAUGGGAAGACCGCCAAGACAGCUGUAGGAAUGGCUACGUCAGGUGUAACGGAGAACCAAUCGAUCAACCUCACAAAUAGCAGUGAAAACAAAAAGGAGCAAGACAAUGAUAGCAAGAAAUGGGGAAAACAAAUCGGGAGACUUAUCUCUGACAACGAGGGAGGUACUCACCACCUCCACGACGACGGAAGUCCGAUAUUCACGCAAAACAUAAGCCAUGAUAAUCACUUUUAUCUAAAUCAUUUCCUCAACUACUUCUUAGUUCAAAAGAAGAAAAAAAACGACUUGGAACUGAUAUAUGACAAAAUUUACUACUAUAUCCUCAUCGUCAGCAUGUGCUUCAAGGACCGAAACUUCCUAGCCUUGUUGCUGUCCCAAAAUGAGAACUUCUUCCCAGAAUUCAACCAAAUGAUACAGCACUAUUUGAAAUAUGUUUUAAAAAACAAGCAACAAAUAAAUAAAAAAAAAAAAAAAAAUGAAGUCAUGAUACAUAACUUGUUGUAUAUAUUCGUCUCCUACAUAUACAUAUACUUGAACGAACUUUACAAAAUUUUUUUCACUCAAAUAAAAAAUGUCCUCACCCUGCCCUCCUUUUUUCAAAACAUCAUAUAUGUGGAUAGCAGACGGGUGGGCCUAAAUGGCGGGAAAACAAUUAGCACACCCAUCAAAGCAGACAACACAUCAGUGGAGACUCUUUACAAUACUUUAAUAAGCAUGAAAAAAAAGAAUUGGAACAAAAACUUAGAAAAUUACACCGACCAAAAUAUAAAAAAUGUAGUUGUUCGCAACAUUUUUCACAAUAACAAUAUCUACUUAUUCAUUUUGUACAUUAUAAAUGAUAAUAAAUACAAUGACAAAAGAGAAGGUGGAAGCAGAGACGAAGAAAAAUUACUAAAUCGGAUGGUGCCUUCCGGUUAUGAGGAAAAUGACCAAAGUGACAGGCCAGAACCUCUUCAUCUAGAUUUUAAAAAAAAUGAUAAAGUAUUUUUAAACAAAAUUACCACCAAUAUUGUCUUAUUCUUCCUUUUAUUCUUUUACGAUUACUACUCAUUCAAUUACGAAAUAAAGGAAAACAUCCUCAUGCAAAUUGCCAGACAUAUCUUGGAACAUUUCGCCACCUUAUACAAUUCGGACCUCCUGAACAUUCAUUUGAAGUACGUGCAAAUGGUGAAAACGGCUAACCUGAAAAGGAAAAAAACGCAGCUACCUGGGCAGUCUCUAUGCCGAAUAAAUCGGUACUUGAAAAACCCGACGGGGGGCAGCUCAUCCCAGGAGACCACUGUCCAGGGUGGCAACAGCCACCGCGAGGGGAAAAUAUGUUCCUCUCACCAGAAAAAUGUGAAGUGUUCUCGCGAGAGUAUGGCCCUGGCCAGGAUAAGGGAAGAGGGACGCAAAAAGAGGGGGGAAACGCAAAAAGGAAAGGCAACACAAACAGGGGAGGCAACGCGGGGAGACGCAAAACUGGGAGAAAAGAAACACGGAGAAGACUCACACGAUCAGGAUUCACACGAUAAAUAUGCGCACGCUAAAGAUUCGCUCUACGCCGAGACCUGCCUCCCUGGGGAGGAUCCCCCCCGCGGAACCAAAAACAGAGCAGGCGACCCGGGGCAAGGGGCCGAACCGGACAUAAGACUAAUUAGCACAGUAGUGCAAAAGCUGAAAAGAAACAAAAAGCUGCUAUUCCUGUACACCAUAAACUGCUUCAGAAUAAUACAAACAUAUAGCAACGUCUCCUCGCUAAUGUUUAAAUACAAAUAUAUAUCGGCCCUCCUGGGGAAGCUUGCAUACUUGACGGACAAAAAUGUUGUAGAAUCUGUUUGGAACUCAUUCCAUUUCUACCUGAACAGCAAUAACAAAAGUGAAAUAAAUGUUUUCAACGAAAAAGGCAUCUCACAGGUAGAUAAAGAAAUUGGGUAUCUCUCCUACAUGUACAUAAACUACUUUUUCAAUUUUGUGUCUUGUUUUAUUCUAUAUGACGUAGCAACACUGUACAAGUUUUGCUCGAACAUGCUAAAUUGCUUGGACAUACUGAACAGUCACUUGAAGGAGCUCAUGGACAAUAAAAAGGGCACCUACCACUGCUCCGUUAUCUUGAAAUUUUAUCUGACCAUAACGAACUCGUACUUCUUUGACUUUUCCCUAUAUGAUAAUGCGCUUAGCGCGGUGAACCACGAAAGGGGGACAUGUCUCACCCCAGAAAAGGACCCCCCACAGGUAGACAUAACUACACAGCUUAUUGACAGCUUGAGAAGAAAGAAAAGACAAGACAAGGGAGAAAUAACCUACUUCCUCUGCAUUAAAAGGUUGAGCAGCGAAUUUUGUAGGAGCAAAUUUCUGCACUUUCUAAUUAACUACGUUAUGAACAACCUUGGUAAUAACGUGAACAAAUCAAAGGUGGAAAUUGAACAGAGCAGCCACCUAAUCUGUCUGAUUCUCCAGUUAUUUAGUUACCAAAUGAUUUUUAUAGAUAACAAAAACGAAAUUUUAAAGCUCGCUAAUGUAUUAGUUAAAUACAUCAAGAAGAAGGAUCCUUGUCUCCUGACGACGUACUAUAUAAUCCUAUUUUUUAAUUCAUGCUUUAUCAACUCUUCCUCGGACGAGAGAAUAAUAACAUUGCUAUUCAGUUUCGAAAAAAAUGACAACAUAUGGUUUAACUUGAUAUUCUUGCAAAACAGUAAAAUCAAAAGAAGCAAAGAAAUAUUACUCCUAAUCAAGUUCUCCAUUUUACACCUCUACCUGCUAUUGCUAAAAAAUAAAAACUCUUUCAAAAAAUGCAUCCUGUGCAUUUCUGGUGACUUAAACAUAUACUUCGUUUUCAUAUACGUCCUCAACGAGAUAUAUGAAUACUUCAAAAGUUGCAACUUAGAAUGGAGUGCAUUCCGAGGAAUGAAGAUAAACCAGCAUGAAAACAGCAAAAAUGAAAAUGCCAAAAGGGACAAACAUAACAAGUACUUCUACCUGUACGCAGAGCUUCUCGUUAUCGUCACCGAAAUGAUUAAAAUCAUGAACAAUAAUGAUGUCAAUAAAUACAUCACCAUUCAGCAUAACAAGGAGAAAGACAACCUCGUCGUGCAAUUUAAAAAUCUGUAUAGAAAAAUAAAAAACGAAUUAAAACAGUUUGACCAAUCAAUGAAAUUGAUAAAGUACCUUAUAUUUAUUCACCCCCUCACGAUUAACAUACAUGCACUGCACAAAUUCUACUUAUGCCUUUACAUAAAGGAGUACCACUACUUCCACAAGGAAUUUUUUAAAUACGAUCUGUUCCUAGCAGACUAUUUGAAACUACUUCGGGACAAAAGGAAAGCGAAAAUCUCUAACACGGGGACCGCUCAACAAGGUUCGGAAGCCAGACAAACAGGGGAAGUUUCUUCGGAGACAGUCCAAAACAAAGCACGGCAUUUUUCGCAUGAUGGCAUCACCAAAAAGGACAAUAAAGAUCUUUCCCCCCAUGCGUUAGUAGAUGACGAACAAAAAGGGAUCAACUUCGAGAAAGAUAAUAUGCACUUUUAUUUUUUUUUCAACACUCCAAAAAAUUAUAAUUAUCAAGUCAACAAUUUGUGUUCUUCCAUCCUUCAAAAUGAGUUUCAGGGUUCCCUGAGCAAAUUUUUUCCCUCCUCCUUUAGUAGCCAAAGCGAUAAUUCGGACACCCGUUUGCAAUACAACACUGAUCAGAUUAAGAUGUAUGCUGGCUACCUUCAUGGCAGUGUUAAUUAUGCUAUUGAAUUUUUUAGUUCCUUCUGA